AAAAAAACAAAAAAAAAAAAACUUUCUUUUCUGUCUGUGAUCCUAUCCAAUAACAGCAAGUCAGCAACCAAUGAAAAAAAUAAUCUUUGCUGCAACUCUGUGUGCUGCAGCUUUUCUCUUUGGUUUCUCCACUGCUCUCAAGGAGGGACAGACAUGUUUUUCAAACAAAGAUUGCGAUUCGGGGCGGCACUGCGAGAUUUGCCGGGCAGCCGGCGUACAACCACGUUGUACUAGAACACAAGCUAUAAGUCCCACUUCUAAGGUGAAAGGGCUAGCGUUUAAUAGAUACUCUUGGCUCACCACCCACAAUGCGUAUGCAAGGACAGGGGUUAAAUCGGGUACAGGGUUUGUGAUUCUAGCUCCAACCAACCAGGAGGACUCCAUUACCAGUCAGCUCCAUAAUGGUGUUAGAGGGUUGAUGCUCGAUACAUAUGACUUCAACAACAACAUCUGGUUGUGUCACGGCCAAUGCAACGACUUUACAGCUUUUCAACUGGCCAUUAAUGUUCUGAAAGAGAUUAAAGUAUUUCUUGAAGAAAACCCAUCAGAGAUCGUUACCAUUAUCCUUGAAGAUCAUGUUACAUCACCAAAUGGGCUAACAAAGGUGUUUGAUGCUGCUGGCCUAAGGCAAUUCUGGUUUCCAGCAUCAAGAAUGCCCAAAGAUGGUGGAGAUUGGCCAACAUUUGAUGAUAUGCUCCAAAAUAAUCAACGUUUAGUGGUUUUCACUUCAGACCCAUCCAAGGAGGCACUUGAAGGCAUUGCCUAUCAGUGGAGCUAUAUGGUAGAAAACCAAUACGGGAAUGGUGGUAUGAUACCUGGGUUGUGCCCUAACCGAGCAGAAUCGGCUGCCAUGAACACAACCAGUAGAUCACUAGUCUUGGUGAACUAUUUCCAGAGUAGGCCAAAUAAAACUGAGGCUUGCAGGGAUAAUUCAGCUCCCCUACUUAGCAUGGUGAACACCUGCUAUGAAGCGGCGGGUUAUAGGUGGUCUAACUUCGUUGCUGUUGAUUUUUAUAAGAGGAGUGAUGGUGGUGGAGCCCCAGAAGCUGUAGACGUGAUAAAUGGUCAUUUAGUUGGUGGGUGUGGAAAUAUAGCAUUUUGCAAGGUCUCUCUCUACCUCUAUCUCUCUCUCUAUCUCUCUCUUCUUUGAUGUAGAGCUCAUGAACUUAAUUAUUGCAAUUUGAAAAUAAUGAGCAGGCAAAUCUGACUUCAGGAAGAGGUGGCCCUCUCUAGGAUGGUGUUGCCCCCACACCCAUAUACAUAUAAAAUGUAUCUUUUCAUGUUGAACAAGAUGGACAUAAGAUUGUAAAAUUUGAGAUUUUAUUUAUUUUAUUUUGUAUUGGGGAAAAAGAGAAGAAGUCAAGCAUGGCAAUCUUCCAUGCAAU